AUGGCCGUACCUAUAAAAAUGAUAAUAAUUAACAAAAUAGUCUACGAAAAUUUUAAGACCACGAAAAAAUAUUGUCAUGUUGUUAAUACUGUAGUUAAAGCCGAAAUAAUUCUAUGCAUUAUUAACAGAAUGGCGUCUCGGAGGGCACAUAAAAUACUAGAAUUAGUAUCAUCGAGUUCUUCGUUAUCUUUGCAAAGUCAUGAAGUUAAACCAAUAGCUGAAACUCAUAACGCUACUGUAGAAGACCUAAACAAUAUACCAAUUAGCAGCUGCGAUGAAAUAUUAUCAGAAAAUGCAGACGAUCAUCUGCAUUUUAGCCAAAAAAUUGAUUCCCGGUUGAUUAGUUCUAGAAACAUAGAAAAUAAAUCUUGUGACACUGAUGAAAAGAGAUUGCCAACAAGCCUUGUGCCAGACUAUGACAGCGAUGAUUACAAUAACUUGGAAUGCAUUGGAGUUCAACAAGACAUAACAAAAAAAACACAACCGCAAUCAUCCUCGAGUUCAACAAGUACAAGUUCAUCAUCAUCUAGUUCUUCUUCUUCUGGAACUUCCUCAGAUUCAGAUGAUUCUUCAUCUUCGAAAACAGAAGAAGAACCUGAAAACCGCAACACGGUAGCAGUUAUGGCCAGUGAAUGUUGCGACUCAGACAACAUUCAGUUGAGACCUCAGAGAUGUCCCUCUUCUAAUAAAUCUAUUAAUAUUUCACCAGUUUAUACUGAUAUCAUCAAACUUCGACCUGCGUAA